AAACACGUGCAGACUGCAAAGUGUAUUUAAUUAUUAAUGUGGUCGAGUGUAUAUUGUCAGAUAACUAAGCUAAAAAGAGAAGCGAAAGCAAGCAAAACACGUCGCAUCUAGAGCUUUAGGAAAGGGAAGGAAGUUUCAUUCAAAAUGCGGGAAAAUGGAAAAUACCAACAAUCUACAAUUAGAAGAUUUAAAGAAAUUGUCAAAGAUGUACGCUUCAGAAUACAACAAACCUGAACUUCAUGACCGCAUUCUUGUAUUUGAUGUCGUGCCAGACGGUUGGGAAAAUAAAAUAUUGCUUGCAAAGAAGUCAAUCGAUGAAGAGAAAACAGGAGAAAAUUCACUUACUUUAACAUAUCAAAAUAAUGAUAACAAUGUUGGCUAUGAUGAAAAAUUAAGAAACGAUAAUAUUAAAAGUGGAACAGGAAGUACUUCCGGUCAAAGUGAAGGAAAGCAAGCUGUCACAGAAGGCUCAAUGUCUGACUCAGAGAAUGGAACAAAUGCUUCAAUCAUUCGAGAACACAAGAUUUUUGUGCAUAGCUCAUGGCUAGCUGUACAAAGUAACUAUUUCCGCUCACUUUUUUUCUCAGGCAUGAAAGAAUCAAAAUCUAGAGAGGUUCAUGUAAUGGUCAGUGAAUCAGACGAAAAGCCUCAUUUGAUGAUGCUGGAGGCUAUUUACAACUUAGACAUAUUAAACGAUGCUAGUGUUGAAGAUCUCUUGGCAGUGAUGGAGCUUGCUGAUAAGUACUAUUUAACACUUCUCUUCAGGAUAUGUAAAUACGUUCUUACAAUGCGUGUGACAACGCUAGAUGCAUGCAAACAAAUCAUGUACGUCAUUAGAGAGAAGCAUAAUUUUGAGAAUGUUGAAGAUCUUCUACAGUUAAUGGAAGUUACGAUGAGCAAGAAUUUCACUCCUUUAGAGAAGCAUUUUUACACAGAGAAAUUUACGAGUCAGUCGAAAACGUUUGUUCAGCAUCUUUUAUACUGUAAGACUCUUCAAACACGUCAUGAGAAUACUGUGUUUCAAGCACUUAUGCAUUGGAUGGAGGUGAACAAUGUUGACCCAAAUUCCCUUGGAAAUGACGUAGAUUUCUUACGAUCAGUUCGAUUUGAAUGUUUGUCAGUAGACUAUUUGUACAACGUUGUCAGAAAACAUCCAGUGGCAAACAAAAUGCCAGGAUUCAAAGAUUGUCUGCUUUCUGCAAUGACUUAUCACGCUUUGACUACUGACGCUUCGUUAAAGAGCCUCAAUGACGAGGAUAUUGCUCCCAGGCCUCGACAGUUACUUCCGCCUACAACAUCUUUGUUUACUUGGAGAAUUUUAAAAUCACAAUUGGCAAAUACCUAUUCCCUAAGUUUAGUUUCAGAUACAUUUUGGCUUUGUGGCUACAAAGCAAACAUGCAGCUUAAAUAUUCAUAUGAUUCUAGGCGUUUUACAUUUCAAGUUUUGUUAACACUUUUGGAGUUGACAGCAAAAAGUAGUGUUAAUUUAACAUGUUACAUCAACACACCAGAUACAGAUUUUUUUUUGGAGACGGGAUUUCGAUAUAGUGUAUUCACACACACUAGUCCGUCCCAAAGUACCAAUAAUAUUACGAUUAAUAAUACUAUUUCUAACUUUGCUAUUAAUAUAAGAGUUGGUUAAAACAUUCUUAUACAAAUUUAAUGAGAACAGUAUAUGUGAUUAUCCAUUGAACAAUGACAUUUUUAACCCCAAAAUAAUUAGUAAAACGUUGUAAUUAAAGUUGAAGUUCAUCUGAAACAGCUUUAUUCGUAUUUAAGUCAAUAGAUCUCUUAAAUAAAAUAUCAGGCACGUAAUGCGUGAAAAGCA